CUCCACCAAGGGCCUGACGGACGCCCGCGAGCCCCGACCUCUGAACCUCGGCACCACAGACUAUGGCGACAACAGCACCGUUGCGAGACUGUCAGGCAUGGAAUGAUGCUGGGCUCCCACUCUCCACUAUGAGCAAUGAAGCCUGCAAGCUGUUUGAUGCCACCCUGACCCAGUAUGUAAAAUGGACCAAUGACAAGAGUCUUGGUGGCAUUGAGGGCUGCCUGUCAAAGCUCAAAGCAGCUGACCCAACCUUUGCCAUGGGCCACGCCAUCGCCAAUGGUCUUGUGCUCAUUGGUACCGGAAGCUCUGUGAGGCUGGACAAAGAGCUGGACCUGGCUGUGAAGACCAUGGUGGAGAUUUCAAAAACCCAGCCACUGACACUGAGGGAGCAGCUGCACGUGUCUGCGGUAGAGACAUUUGCCAAGGGGAACUUCCCCAAAGCCUGUGAUAUAUGGGAACAGAUUCUCCGGGACCACCCCACAGACAUGUUGGCCCUGAAGUUUUCCCAUGAUGCUUAUUUUUAUCUGGGCUACCAGGAACAGAUGCGAGAUUCUGUUGCUCGAAUUUACCCCUUCUGGACGCCAGAUGUCCCCCUUAGCAGCUAUGUGAAAGGUAUCUAUUCUUUUGGAUUGAUGGAAACCAACUUCUAUGAUCAGGCAGAAAAGCUUGCCAAAGAGGCUCUAUCUAUUGCCCCAACAGAUGCGUGGUCUGUGCACACCAUUGCCCACAUCCACGAGAUGAGAGCAGAGGUCAAGGAUGGGCUGGAGUUCAUGAAGUGCUCAGAAGCCCACUGGAAGGACUCUGAUAUGCUAGCUUGCCAUAAUUACUGGCACUGGGCUCUCUACCUGAUUGAAAAGGGUGAAUACGAGGCCGCGCUGACCAUUUACGACAACCACAUCCUUCCCAGCCUGCAGGCCAGCGGCAUGAUGCUGGAUGUGGUGGACAGCUGCUCCAUGCUCUACCGCCUUCAGAUGGAAGGAGUGUUCGUGGGCCAGCGGUGGCAGGAUGUCCUGCCUGUGACCCAGAAACACAGCCAGGACCACAUCCUGCUGUUCAAUGACGCACACUUCCUGAUGGCCUCCCUGGGUGCGCGGGACUCCCAGACCACACAGGAGCUGCUGACCAGCCUGCAGGAGGCCAGCAAGUCCCCAGGGGAGAACUGCCAGCACCUGCUGGCCCGAGACGUGGGGCUGCCCCUGUGCCAGGCCCUGGUGGAGGCUGAGGACGGGAACCCUGACCGCGUCCUGGAGCUGCUCUUACCCAUCCGCUACCGCAUUGUCCAGAUUGGGGGCAGCAACGCCCAGAGAGACAUCUUCAACCAGUUACUGAUUCAUGCAGCCCUAAACUGCACAUCCAGCAUCUAUAAGAACGUGGCCCGGAGCCUUCUGAUGGAGCGCGAUGCCCUAAAGCCCAACUCGCCCCUGACAGAGCGGCUCAUCCACAAGGCGGCCACCGUCCACCUCAUGCAGUGACUGGAGCUGGCCCUUGACCUGAAGGCACUCAGCCAUGACCUUCCCAGCAUUUGACCAGCUGCCCCACUGGGUUAGGGUUAGGAAACAACUGGGCCUGCUUGUUAGGGAAGAGGGUAAAGUUCAGACUUAAGCAGAAAGCCCCCUGGACCAGCAGUUUUAUAGAAACAGGGGCAUAAGUUAAUUUUAAAUGUAUUUCAGAAAUUUCUCCCAGUCCUUCCUAUAAGGGCUAACGUGCAUUUUAAGUGCUCAGAACCAAUAUAGGUGCUGUUAUUUGCAGUUGCCCUGCAAACUGUUUUCCUACAGGCACACUGAUACCAUUUCCUGGUUGUUCAAGGGCAGAGGGGGGGCCAACUCAGAUGGGGAGCUCUACAGGUGGCCUCCCACACCUGGCUGCCCCCCCCCAGGCAAAGGGAAGCUUUCAUUUAGUCAUCCUUAUAUUUUAUAUAGGCCCUGUUGUCCCAUUUCUCAGGGGAGGACACCAUUGGGGAAAAAUGGCUUGCCUGGGGUCACAGUAAGCAGAAGCCUGUCUGGGAAAAGGGGACUCCAUCUUGCUGCCUUUUGCCUCAGCCCUGCCUGCUGCACCCAUGGCUCUCCAGGCAGCUUCUGCUGUCUCUUGAAAAGACAUUUUGAGCCUUCUUCAGGGCCUGGGUAGUGCUGAGUAGAGCUUGUUUCUCUUUUAGAACUGAAUAUGGGAUCGAGGUCUUGGGGAAUGGCUUCCUUGAUCGACUCUGAUUCUAAUAAUAAGAAUGGAUGUGAGAAUUGAACUCAUGGCUGCUCUGUUGUGUUAAAAACCAAAGCACUGACACGUGGCUAUAACAUGAUUUGAGCCAGAUUUAUAAAUGCUGCCUUUGUCUCUGCUUCCCUUUCGUCAGCCUGAUGUGUCCCAGUCCUGCUGCUGUCAGACUGAGUGCAAAGGUGUUUUUCAAGUUCCUUCAUUUCCUGCUGAAGUUAGGUAGGGAGUGGGCAGGUCUGCUGGAAGGGAGUGUCAUCUCCAAACCCAUUAGGGCCUUGUAGUGCGCUCAAGUCUGGGGAAAUUCCUGGGAUUAAAAUGUAUUAAUUGCUUCCUUUCACUACUAACUCCUGUGGGCAU